UGAAAGUCCAGUGAACAAGAAGAAAGAAAAAAAUAAAUUUGAAUGAAAGAAAGUUGUGAAAAAAUGAUUAUUUUAAAGCAUUUAGGAGUUUUGGUUCCAUUGAUUAUCUCUGUGGGAUUCAAUUUGCAAUGUGCAGCAGCAAGUAAAAUUGAGUGCAAUAGUGAUCAUGAAGAGUGGUUGAGGCCUGCAUGCGUUAUCGCGGGAUUUACAUUUGAGGCUGGACAUUUGUAUGAGGUUGAUGAUAUGGAAAAAAUGAAACGUCUUGAGAUUUCCAAUUCAAAUACAACGCACUUGCCAAUGGAGAUGCUGAAUAAUUUUAUAAAUCUAAUUAAAUUCAAAGUAACAACUUCCACGCUUGAACAAGUAGAUGAUGGACUCAAGUUGAUGAAUCUUUGGCACUUGAAUUUAACCGGAAAUCGCAUUGAAAGAAUCAGCGUGAAUGCCUUUGCAGGAUGUCCAAAUUUAAGUGAAAUUAUCCUGAAAAUGAACGUGUUGGCAUCUGUGCCAGGGGGAAUUUUCGCUGCACAACCAGGCUUGAUGCACGUUGAUUUAUCCAGCAAUAAACUCACAAAUCUCCCUGGAGAGAUCUUCAGUCAAAACCCAAUUAUUGGAAUCAUUAAACUCCAAUCGAAUUCCCUCGAAGAACUUUCAAUGGAUGUCUUUGGGAAUUUAACACGACUCAAGGAACUCGAUGUGAGCAACAACUAUCUCCAUAAAUUCCUUCCUUCGGAACGUUUUAUCAACAUGCACGGUGAAUCGUCCAUUUUGGAUAUGAGCAACAAUCUCCUGGCUUCGUUGGAUUUAAGAAAUAUUAGAGCUUCCAAUAUUAUUGUCAAUAGCAACUACCUCAGGCAGGUGUCCAUCGGUGAGGGAUGUCGGGAGCUUUUUGCAAAGAAUAACGAACUUGCGGAUAUUGCAAUUGGUGCCUCAACGGCAACACUCGAAAUGCUCCAGAUGAAUCAUAAUAAAUUGGGAGACAAUCUCAUGAGUAUCUGUGAGUGUCAGAAUCUCAAAUCAGUCUUCCUGGCACACAACAACAUCAGCAACAUUGGAUUUUGCUUCAGCAGAGCUGGGCAACUCAAAGAGAUUAAUUUAAGUCGCAACAAUCUGUCUCACCUCGACUACGGAUACUUCUCAACGGACUUCCUGGAGACGCUCGAUCUCUCUUACAAUGCCUUCGAGGUGAUUGAUGAGAAUGUUUUGUCACUCUUCCGGAGUUUGGAGUAUUUGUACCUCGAUGGAAAUCAUCUUAGUGAUUUCCCUGAAGAUUUGGACAAAAUACUGCCGCAUCUUCGGCUCAUUGGUCUCUCCCAUAAUCGGUUUCAAUGCAAAAAACUCCUCAUGCUCUACCGUCGAUGGCAGACCACAAACAGGAUUGCCUUCAACGUUGAUGAACCAAUGCCAACCAAUAUGACGAAUAUUCGUGGAAAUAUUUGCUACAAGGAGAAAAUUGAGCAAAUUCCUGAAGAGAACAUUGAGGAGGAGCCAUCAUUGAAUCACCUCAAUGGCUCCAAUGUGGCCUUCUGGAAGGAGUUGCAGGCUUUACGGAAGAAAUUAGAAAAUUCCAACGCAAUCGUUGAGAAAAAAGAAAACAUUUCAGAACUACCAGAGAAGAGUCAUCUCAUUAUGCAGGCAACAACUGAAAUUACCUCAGGAUUGGAUUUUUCAACAGAUGCUCCAGAAGUGAUCAAUGAAACCACCAAAAAUGCAACAGACGCAAAAGAAGUAGAAGACAACUUUACAGCAACAGGCAAUACAACAAUUCUGGAUGGAAUUUUUAAAUCUCUGUCAAGCAUAGAGGGUAAACUGAGGGAAUUGGGAUCUCUUCUAUCGGGGAGAAAUUCCACAACUUCACCAUUUCAAUCCAACGAUGAUAGAGCCAAUGUGCGCACAUUUGCCACAAUUUCCACAAUUCUAGCGGUUAUUGUCCUAAUUCUUGGAGCUGCAAUUCUCUGGUACAACUACCAUUCCUAUUUCUACUACAAAAAACUGAGAGAUCACAAUGCUGAGGCACUGAGAACUUUUCAAACUUUGUAGAAUAUUCGACAAAAAAUCUUAUUUUCGUUCUUCAAGAGAUUUAUUCUCAUUUUACUGGAAAAUUUUGAAAAUUCUUUUUCUAUAUAGCCUCAGACGAAGGAUAUCUAUCAAACUUUAUCGUCAAAAAUAUUUAUUCUUUAAAAAAAACGUAAAAUAUUAAUCGAUCAAAACAUUAAGAAUGUUUUUUUUAGAGAUUUUCACAUAAAACCUUCUGAGCAAAACUUUAACCCUUUCAUGUUCUUUGAAUCAUAAGUUGACUCAAACAUGAAAAAUUUUAUACUUUUUUUUCUGAAGAAUAUCUUAAAUUUUCUUUAAAAAAUCCUGAGAUAUCUUGAAAUAUUAUAAGAAGUCUUCAGAUUUGUUUGGGCUGGCCGCGAAUAAGGUCGCUUCCAAUCCACUGCAGCUAAAGUAAGCUUAUUGUGGACUGUGGAGAUAAGAAGUCUUAUAAAAAACUUAAAAUUUCUUAGGAUUUUUCUUUAUUUCCUUAGGAUUCCUUCAGUUUUCUUAAGCAAAACUAGAGAUUAUUUUAAAUCAGGAUUAGGAUACAUCGGGCUAAAUACAUUUUUCGGCGAUUUUUGUGAAUUUCAAUGCCCUCUAAGACGACCAGGAAAAACACCGAAAAUAUGCAUUUUGUCUAAUUCAACCUUAGAAAAUUUAAAAAACUUUAGUGAAUUUCACCAAUGAAUGUUUCUAUGAUUCAUGAGAAUUCGAAAGGGUUGUCGUGAAUGGGCUAAAUUAAAAAGGUUUAUUAGAGCUUAGGUGUGAUAACACCCUAAGACAGAGCCUACAUCAAAUGAAUGAUUUUUUGUACCCAGUUAUAGGUAAAUAAAAAUAUUUAUAACGGUUAA